CACAGCCAACCUCGUACCUCCUGGGGUCGAGAAGUCCCCUGCGUUGUCGCUAUGAACGACGGUCGGACGCCAGCGGUGCUCGCUCCGUCUGGCCGACACGCAAUGUGGCAGCCGCAGGUCUUGCACUUUUCCUUUGGGUGAUGGGCGAUGCCGAAUCUCCACAGGGGAAGCUCACGCGCCGUGUCACAAACGUCAAUGACGUCAACGUGGCCGUCCCAAAUCCGAACAAUAUCCGUGUUGCGGUGCGAAUCCGGCCUUUCAAUGCCAAAGAGCUCUCAGAAGGCAGUGCUGCUGAGACCGUCUUGGAGGUCGAGGAUUCCACGGUCAUUGCACGACCAGAGUUUGGCAGGGGAGAGAAGAGGUAUAACUUUGAUUCUGUCUUCAAAUCAAUGGAUCCAACAAAGGAAGGAUCACAGGCUGAUGUCUUCCAGGAACUUGGAAUUCCAAUCCUGGAGAAUGCCUUGGACGCCUACAACGGCUGCAUCAUGGCUUACGGGCAGACAGGCUCCGGAAAGAGCUACAGCGUGUGCAGUUUGCCCCUUGCUUCGCGUGUGAAGGACAUUGACAUGGAGGAAGGAACUGCUCCACGUGGAUGGACGAUCCGGAGGCUACGAGACUUGGUCUCUAUGAAUGUAUCACAAGCUUCGGGUGGAUCAGGAUCAUAUCCAGCCACAUGUCAGCAAGUUGCAGCUGAUCAGCGGUGCAAGUCAGAUGGCUCCCCACUGGAGGCCAAGCAGGAGACCAAGAAGGCAGCGAAGGCCCUUCGAUUUCAGGAAUCUGCAGACUUCAUGUCCCCGAUGUCGCAUUCCUCGCGCUUGUCGCAUUGUACAUCUUCCUCGCUGUCCUCACCAUCCUCCCCUGGCUUGCCCACCAAAAACGUCGUGUCAAACUGGUCGAUGGACUCCAGUGAACAGCAGUUAGAGGAGGAAGAAGACCGAAAGCUGCAGCUCUCCAUGGAGGCUGCUUCGGCCAAACGGGAGAAGGAAAAGAAAAAGUUUAGCGUUGCAUGCGUCCGCAGCCAGGAACCGCCCCCGCUGGAAAGAAUAAGGCCAGAAAUGUCGAAGCUAUGGAAUCGCAGGGCAAGAAACACCUCUGAAGAUGACUGCAGCAGUUUGUCGACGCGUUUGCCUCAAGGUGGCCGCAUUUCGCUUUGAUGUUCCUGAGAUGCCCACUGCAAGCUCGGGCGAGGCACUUGCACUUGGCUGAUGCUUGCUCUACGCCACAGUUCCUGCGUUCUUUUCAAGCCACCCUUGGCUGCUGCACAUGCCAAAUCGUCAAGACACCCGAAACUUAGAACUGACUCCACCGGCCGCCGGCACCUAGUCACUUUCAUAAAUAUUGAUGACGCUCACAUCAGGGUGGCUUAAUGCUCCGCC